AUGGGGCUGCGCAGGCUUAACGAAGAAGCACCCGUAGCCAGGCGCGCUCGUCUUGCCGCUGCUUAUGAGCGCCCCGCCACGGACCUGGCAGCCACAGCAUCAUCAUCAACAUCGUCGUCGUCUUCAACAACCAACAACUCGGCGAAGCAGGGCAACGAGCGGCUCUUUAGGUGCCACUCGCAGGCCACCAACAAGCGGCGGCCGCUGCGUCUGCCCACUGCUGACUUCGCCGCGUUUCAGCGCAAGCUGACGGCUGAGUUCGGCACUAGUGAGGUGCAAUUCGUCCUGGGCGGGAUGCCAGUCGACAUCACCAACGCGGAUGACCUCCAGUUGGCCUUGGCCGAGUGCCCUCAGGGCGAUCUGAUCGAACUUAGCAUCUUAGACGGCCCGCCGGCGCCCGCUGCCCUCACUCCGUCGCCCGGUCUCACGUCGGGAAGG